CUCAAAGAAAUCUCCUCCCUCGCCUCCUGGACCGUCACCUCCUCCAAACCCGGCUGCUCGAUCCCGCAACUCCUCUCCCCCUCCACCUCCUCCUACUGGCAAUCCGAUGGCCCCCAACCCCAUCACCUCAACAUCCACUUCUUCAAGCUCGUCGAGAUCGUCGCCAUCCGCGUAUUCCUGGACUUCGAGCUCGACGAGAGCUACACGCCGCAGAAGAUUGAGUGGGCUGCGGGCAUGGGGAAUGCGGAUUUGCUGGUGUGGAGUACUAUGCGGGUCGAGAUGCCGAGGGGUUGGUGUUGGGUGGAUUUUGGGGGACGCAGACGACACCAUCCGACGCUGCGGUGCAUGUUGCUGCAGGUGCGGAUCUUGGAGAACCAUCAGAAUGGGAAGGAUACGCAUUUGCGGGGGUUACAGAUCUUU